CAGUGUCUCAGUGUAUUCCGAAGAGCAAACAAGGGCGUUGAUCAGUGAUCGCGGCGCUACAUUCAUUCAACAAUAUACUAUACACUGUGCAAGAAGGAACAUUAUAUAGGCGGGGACCGCAAGAAGUUGUUCCGUGAAGACGGAAAGUGAGUGAAAAAUCUUAUGUGAACUUAUAUCAACUAAUUAUCUCUAUCGCAUAUAUUUAGUUGUAUGUUGCAUAAACACCCAACAACACCUUACUGUGAAAAAGCAAUCAACUUGAGAGAAUUGUGAUUUUUUUUCCAACUCUCUGAAAUAUUCACGCGAACAAUAUUUUAAUAUUGGAUGGAGUUACUCCCUCCCUUUUCGCUCCACGGUGUGCCGGAAUAAUAUAAAGCAUAUAUUCUUCGACACAAUAAUGAUAAUCACAAUACAGCAAGGCUGCAAGUGUACUACACAGCAGUGUAUUCAUAUAUGAGCUGGUGGAAGAGCUUCUGUGACGACUGACUCUACUCAAAAGUCAGAGCAACUCAAACCGAGUAGUUGCUCUUGAAUCGAUUAGCGCAAGAGAAGCAGUUUGUGAUCAACAUUCACACCGUGCAAGUCGUCUGAUCGUCUCUCAACUCUACAGAGAAGAGCAAAAAUUAUUCUUAUUGUGAUCAUUGAAAAAGAAUUUGCGGAUAUUGUGCUUGGUGUGGGAGAUAGGAAGCACACUGGUGGACGUGUUAAGAACAACAGAACCCCUUAGUCGUCUCAUAUAACACACGUAUUGAAUUUUUUUUUGAGAAAACUCCCAGUGAGAGGUUCUUUGUCUGAUGAAUUUCCAGUGAAGCCAGAGUGCGACAAAAAAAUUAUAUAAAAUCUGUGGUUGGAGAUACAUUGAAAAUUGUUAUAAAGUUGAGUUUCAAGAACACCAGGAACUGUGUGAGGCACACUAGUGGAUUUAUCAAUCUCCCAUAUACACUACAGUGUGGUAGAGAGAACUUUGUGGAAAGAUAAAACUUUUUUAUCCAUUUUAUGCGACACACUUUAAUAUUAUGUGCAAAGUAUGUGUCAUCGUGUGAUAAAAUUGCGUGCGAAAAACGACUUAUGAUUUUUCUCAAAAAUAGUGUGAUUAACAACAAAGCUAUGUGAUUAAAAUAGAUUAUUCUGCGAUGAACAUUGAGAGGAGAUUUUGGUGCAGAAAAUAAUUUGCCCCAAAGUGUUUUUGUGAGCUGAGUUUAAAUGGCAUUGAAAGCUUCUCUUUAAUGUGUGUGAUGGUGUAAUAUUUUGCCAAGAUUCGGAAAAUAUUUAAAGUGAUGAUCAUUCUGGGAGAAUCAUAAACAUUGUGUACCGAAAAGCAAAUAAUUCUAAUUUUAAAAUCCUCCACAUGCAAUUGAUCCACACCGCUCUGGAGAUUGUGACAAAUUUUCCCACAAAUGAGUCAACACAAUCAGUCAAAAAUUGUAAUUCAAUACCGGGUGUCACAGUGAAGUGUUUCAUUUGAAUAAAAAAAAAAAACGAGAAAAUCUCUCUGGAAAAUAUACAUAUAGUGUGGACUUCUAAAAAUGUAAAAGCAAACAGGAUGUCAAACAUGUUUCUCCGGCGUAUUUAAGAGUCAAGAAAAGAGGAGACAUAAUAUUUUCCAAAAGACAAAUAAGAAGGAGAAACAUCGUGGAGUAUCAUAGAUCAAGAUCAUUGCUCCCCAUCUACGGCAAAAAGAAUUUUUAUAUAGAACCCACAAGAGAGAGCCACCACAACUCAGUGCGAUCUUGUAUAAUUUGUUGUUGGUGCACACAAUUUAUUUUAUUUCUUUAAUUGCCAUCACGGAGCAAAAAAAAGACGUCAAGACUAAGGUAUAUAACCGCAAGAAGUGAGGAGAAAAGCGUCUCAGACGUGAUUUUUGAAAAAAAAUAAAACUGUAAAAGUCAAUGGAAUUUCUGCAUUUACACAGUAGAGCUUUCUCUGUUUAAUGGAAAAUCGUAUAGAAAGAAAAUCAUAAUUCUGUCGCAAGCGAAAAAAUCCUUCUCUCGAAGCGUCCAAAUGAAUAAUGAAAAAAAUGAACCAAUUCCCGAAAGCGACAUCAGCAAACUGUGUGCUCUUGUUCGCCGUGUGCCUUACUACAUUAGCGCUGUGCACAGCAAAACAUGAGGAGGAUUCCUUCGUCGCCCAAUGGGCUCCCGUCAGAAAUAAACGCGUGAAUCACCAUGAAAAGCAUGAAAAUGUGAUAAUUUCGCAUGAAAAUGAACUGCCCAAAUCACUGUGGAGCAACUUAAUUUCCCCAAAUGAGGCGCAACACGAUGAGAAGUUCAAAUCAGCCACACAUGGUGAGAGAAUCAUCUCAAAUAUUCAAGCUACUACCACCGGAAGUGCUCCACUUGGAGAUGCACCAUCAAUUCCACCGUCCCGCCGGCGCAUCAAAGGUAUGGCUGAGAUGAAUUCUGCAAUGCCACAUUCGUCACGACAUUCACUUCAUCGCCGAGACGUUCGACGCACCGAAACGUCACACAAUUUGUGCAGUACAGAAUGGUGCAAAUGUACAGGGAACGAGAUACGGGAUGUUAAAUGCAAUCUGCCGAGUCAGCCAAUAACUUUCGAUAAGCAAUAUUCUAUUCCGAAUGAUGCACGAUCGUUGAUUGUUGAUUUGAACACCAAGACACGCCUUACGGUUCACCGAGGAUUCUUCCAGGACAAUAGGAUUAAUCGCAUUUCAUUCCGCGGUCCUGAAAAAAAUUCCGGAGCUCACGUGGAAUUUCUCUCGAAUGCCUUGGAAGGUAACAGAGCACCCAACCCUGAGAUUGAGAUCAUAAACUGUGACACAGUUGUUUUCAAAAAUGGAACAUUCCACGGUGAAAUAAAUUUGAAUGUAGCCAAAUGCCAAAAUGUUAUUGUCUCCGAUGGUUCUCUAAGUCUGGCAAGUUUUACUGCGACUUUCGAUGGAAUUAGGGAUUUGCGGAUGAAUACCAAUGCCCUCAAUGGUGGUGCCAAUUCUCGAAUUCAUAUUGCCAACAGCUUUAUUGAGCGCUUUGAGAAAAUUGGGAAUACAAUGAAAGAAAUAAGAAUUACAAAUUCUACAAUCCGAGAAAUAGCUGCGAAUGCAUUUAAUUUCAACGAAUUACACUCAAUCGUCCUGGAGAAGUCAGUUAUAGACAAAAUUGAAACAUUAGCUUUUACCAAUGGGCAUAGUCAAUCGCUGCAAAUAAUUGGGUGCAACAUAACGAAAAUAGCGAAUCAAGCAUUUUUUGGAGUUGCAUUCGAUGCAAUGACAUUCGAAGGGAACACAGUAAAAACUAUUGAGGAAAAUGGAAUAAGUGCAGCGUCUGUAAAUGCGAGUAUAUCGUACAAUAGAAUUGAAAAAACUGGCAACAACUGGCUGACAAUCACUCAAUUCACCAAUUUUGACGUCAACAACAACUCCUUUUGGGAAUUUCGUAAAUUGGGAACUGAACGUUCUUCAAAAAUGGAACGCUGCAGCUUCUUUCGCAAUACCAUAGCACAUGCUAUGAGCAACAGCAUGGAACUUCCCGAAAGUUGUGUGAUAAAGGAUGUUUUUUUCAACACUACUUGCACGUGCAACCCUCAGUGGUUGAAGAAUUUAAUGAAGAACUACAUAGAGCUCGAAAAGAACAGCUUUUGUAGCACAGAUGAUAGUAUAAGGUACUGCUUCAAUUCAAGCCUAAUACGAGCAUCAACGUACAGGCGUGAGGUCUGCGAUGAUUCCCCAACCCUUGACUGUAUUAAGAAUCAGAAAGAACCAAAACUUGAGGGAAAUUUCAUAAGACCCAAUGAUGGAGACAAGAAUAAUGGGCAGGUUAGCAUACUCUACUACAUCGCAGGUGGUGUAACGUGUAUCAUUGUUCUCAUUAUCCUCAUUGGAAUUUUAAUUGUUUACUGCCGAAAGAAGGGAAAGCGGCAUGAUAGAGCAGAACUGAUAACUCCCACGCCUGAGCAUUCACAUCACAGUGUUGAAAGAGCACCGCCCAAAUCAACGAGAAUCUUCACACCUGAAGAUCGUUUAAUCAUCAACCAAACUCUCGAACGAAUGAAGGCUAAACAUCCACCGGAGAAGUACGAUCAUGUCUUCAACUAUACGCAAAAGUUGAUGAAUGGCAGUUUGACGGAAAGUGAGAAAGUUCUAACUAUUGGUGAAGUUGUUCAGACGCUGAGAGAGUGCGAAAACAGCGGAGAGGAUUUUGUCGCCUUCACGGAUAUCCUGUACAAACAUCUAGCUCCAAAGGACAACAACCAAAAUGACCCAGUCUAUGCGGAACCAAAUCUCGCCGUCAGCAGUGACGGAGAAGAUCGCAACACUCAACUGGAUCUCAAUCACAUCUACGCCGAACCACACAGUGUUCAACAGCCUCUACUUAACAACGAGUAUGCAUUUCCGGUGGAUCGAAACACCGAAACAGGACUCUACACCGAACCAGUGGUCAGCCCUAGAGAACCGCAACGGAAAUUAAUCAGUCCUUAUGCGAUUGGGGGAACAACAGUGCCACACGAGACAGGACGAACGACACCACCAAAUCUCCCGGAUGUCCUGUCCCAAUCAACAGCGCCAUCCUCAUCGGAACCACCCCUACUGCCAUCCGGCAAUGUCCAACGUAUUGCAAAUUCCUUUGCAAACAAUCCCAAUUUUCACAUAACGCGAUCUCCACUAACCAAUCGCAAAAUACCAAAGUACACCAUUCCAGCAUCAAAGGGGGGACAAAUGAAGAGUAAUUCUGCUGAGCGGAAACACUCUGGCCCCUCAGGGCUCCACAAGAAGGACUCCGCGUCAUCUGAUCACUCAGGUGGGAGCGACAUUACCGUGAAAAUGGACGACGUUAUAGAUUAUGCCGACGCAUAGGAAUUGAUCUUGGUGCGAUCAUCACCAGCGAUUGGGGUGUAUUUAUGAUGAACAGAAAAGACUAAAAACAAAAAUAGUUUUAAAUGAAUUGGACAUAGCAAAAGGAAAAUCUAGUUAUUUUGCAUCUUCCACACUUAUUCGAUAAGAUUUUAUACUACGUGAUAUUAAUUAUAUAAAAGAAAAUUGAAUUUACAUUUACUGUGUAGAAAAAUAACACUUUUCACACUAAUAAAGAAGUUAAAUGAA